AUGGCCUUCAGAGCAAUUUUCGUUGCAAUCGUUUGCCUCUUGGUCUCUGCAAAGGCAGUUUCUCCAACCCUUGUUCGUGGGAUCCGCAUACUAGGGCAUGUGUUUUGCACUGUCGACAACAUUGCCGUCGAUCCUCUUCAUACCCCAACAUUCCCAAAUGCUACUGUGGUGCUGCAGUGUGGAAGUGAAAAUACAACGAUUGUUUCUGCGAGAACCAACAACGCCGGAGCGUUUCAUAUCUUAUUGGAUCCUUCGAUCUCUGUUGCCUCUUCGAUAGAGUCUGAUUGCAGGCUAGUUGUUACCACACCACUUGCCAACUGCAAUGCCGCUUUGUCUCCAACACGGACUCUCUCAUCGGAGUUGCUGUUCCUCCUAACCUUAAUCGGCGAUGUCGUUUUCGAUACCUAUGUUCCACGUCGGUUCAUGCUCAAAGGCUGA